AGGAGGAGGAGGAGGAUGGGGAGCAGGCCUCUGCAGGAUAUAAGGAGCCUCCACUGGCCUCUUCCUCCUCACCUCGUCCUGAUACUUCACUUCACUGCAGGAGAAGACCCAGACAACAGAGACGCCAUGAGGAACACACUGCUGAGCAUGCUGGCCACCCUGAUGUGCACCCUGGCUGCCUCCAUCGAUGUCACGCCUAUGAGCGGCUUCGACCUGGAAAAGGCGGCAGGCAAGUGGUACAUGGUCGGCUUUGCCACUAACGCUCAGUGGUUUGUGAACCACAAGGCAGGCAUGAAGACAGGCACGGCCAUGUUGGUGCCAACUGCUGGAGGAGACCUCGACCUCUCUUACGCCAACCUGAAUUCUGAUGGUACCUGCUGGAGAAUGACCCAUCUUGCAAAGAAAACUGAGACUCCAGGACGCUUCACCUUCCGCAGCCAGGUUUGGAACAAUGAGAACGACAUGCGCAUUGUUGAUAUUGUGUACGAUGACUAUGCCCUGGUCCACACAAUCAAGACAAAGGACGGAGUGUCUGAGGUCCUCAACAAGCUUUACAGUCGCUCUGCUGAGGCCAACCCUGCCAUGCAGCUGAAGUUCAGACAGUUCUCACUGGAGACCGGCAUCCUCGCCGACAACAUUGUCCUCCUGCCUCAGAAUGCUGAGUGUCCUGAGGUCUGAGGUGUCCCCCUGCUAUUCUUCAUCUCCUGCUCUCUGAGGUCGCAGGCUUUCAUCUCAGAAGAGUCUUGUGCCCCCCCCCCCCGCUGAGGUGUCUGCCUGCUGCAUCACACAGUUGCACCUGAGACAAUGAAUUUUGCUCCGAUCCCUGCUGCUUACCAAAGACCAUCCCUGAUCCCAGUUCAGACCUCAUUCUCUACAACUCACGCAUUAACCGUGUGUCAUCAGAGCGGAAGAACAAAGGGCUGAUCGGAAGACAAACGGAAGGAAUGGAGGGGACUGUGAAAGUUGUCAGUUUACUUGUUUGUUUUUUUUGUUUUUUUUUUACAAGCGUAACUUUUUUAACUGCUGAUUGUCUUUUGUAGUGUUUUAUCUUUUGUUGAAAUAAGCCAAUAAAAUAAUAAAUACACAUUUAAUGUUCUGUGA